GUUACGGGGAAUUUCUCUUCGUUUCUGACGUAACUUACUGGAUUUAGAACUCUACAUGCCUACGCUAUCUUUUCUGCCAUAUUAAAUAUGUUUCAUCCUGGCUUUUUACGUUUCUACAGUAAACUACUUGAUUGACGUAAUAUACGUCAAAAACCUCGAAAAUCGUGAAAGUACCCAACCCUGACUGGAAGUAACAGUUUUUUUACAUCUUUUAGUACUUCUGGUUAAUUUUCUUUGAAACACCGAAUGUCAAAGUGCGUCAUAAUGUUUAUACAAUUAUGUGCAAUUCUCUUGUGCGGGUUCACACUAUCCAAUGCACUCGAAAGUAAUCUAUUGAUGGAGGAACCAUUAUAUUGUGAUUCUUCAAAAUCGAAUUCUUGCCGGGAGAAAUUUGAAGAAUAUAAACCUACCUGGAAGAGUUUGGAUACCCGACCAAUUCCUGAUUGGUACGACAAUGCUAAAUUUGGCAUAUUUAUCCACUGGGGGGUUUUUAGUGUGCCAAGUUUUGGUUCAGAGUGGUUCUGGAACUAUUGGCGAGAAGAAAAUGGUACUACUAAAUACAGUGAUUUUAUGAAGAAACAGUAUGCUUCUGGGUUUACGUAUCAAGAAUUUGCCCCAUUAUUUACGGCAGAAUUAUUCAAUGCAUCCGAAUGGACCGAACUCUUUCAGGCAUCUGGAGCAAAGUAUGUCGUUUUGACCAGUAAACAUCAUGAUGGUUUUACUUUGUGGCCAUCGAAAUAUACUUAUGGUUGGAAUUCAGUUGAUGUAGGACCUCACAAGGAUCUUGUAGGUGAAUUGGCUGAAACCAUCAGAAACGAGUCUAGUAUAAAGUUUGGUUUAUAUCAUUCAAUGUACGAGUGGUACCAUCCUUUUUACCUUGCUGAUAAGGAGAACAAUUUCACAACUAAUGUCUUUGCCACACAGAAGUCAAUCCCUGAAUUGUAUAGACUGACUGAAUUAUAUAAGCCAGAGGUAAUAUGGUCGGAUGGUGAUUGGGAAGCAUCGGACUCUUACUGGACUUCAAAAGAAUUCUUGGCAUGGUUGUACAAUGAGAGCCCAGUCAGAACAACAGUUGUGGCCAACGACAGAUGGGGCAAGGAUACACCUUGUCAUCAUGGCGAUUUUCUUACAUGCAAAGAUCGCUAUAAUCCUGGAGUUCUUCAGCCACACAAAUGGGAGAACUGCUUGUCAAUUGACAAGAUAUCCUGGGGUUUUCGCAGAGAAGCUGUCUUAAAGGAUUAUUUAACUUUGCAUGAAUUACUUGAACAAUUAGUAUCCACGGUAAGCUGUGGUGGUAACUUACUGGUAAACAUAGGUCCAACCAAGGAUGGACGUAUCAUUCCAAUUUUUGAAGAAAGACUGCGAGGAAUGGGAGCCUGGUUGUCAAUAAAUGGGGAAGCAAUUUAUGAUACAAAGCCUUGGAGUGUCCAAAAUGAUACUCUGAUGAAAGACACUUGGUACACUCAAAGCAAAGAUGAACAAAAACUCUAUGCAAUAUUUCUCUCCUGGCCAAAAGACAACAUUCUUCAAUUGAGUGCUGUCAAGCUUCCAGAGAAAUCACAAAUAUUUCUUCUUGGCUAUAAAGAGAUCCAGUGGAAGCAAACGGACAAAUACCUAAAAGUUAUAUUACCUGUUGAACAACACCAAGGGAAACCAGCUUGGGUUAUUCGAAUUCAGCAGUGAUACUGAUAUGACAUCAUUGUCCUACAUACAACUCUAUAAGGGAUUUUUGAUUCAUUUUAUUUAUAAGAAUACUUUUAUAUAAGCAUAUGUAAAUUGAAUGAAUAAACUGCAUUUGCCCCAUUGGCUUUAACAUA